UUGUAAUAAAAACCAUCUCACCCUAUCUUGGCUAUAUAGUUCUUUUAUCAACUUGUGAAUCUUUCCUAUAAAUAACGGACAAAAUUCAUUCAAUUUAAUUUAUACAGCCUUUUGGCCAACAUCUCUCUCUCUCUCUCUCAAACAUGGCAAUUUGGCUAAUGUUAGUGCUUAUAUUGUCUGGUUCAAUUUAUCCUGAAUCAUUCUCAACACAUGCUAUCAACACAAAAAAGACCAAACCAAUUGGCUUCCCUUUUUCGUUCAUUCAGCGAGAGCAAGCACAAUCCUCUCUUAAUUCAAAAGCUUUUGUUAGGCUAUAUGAAGAGAAGUUCUACACACAAAUUCUUGAUCACUUCAACUUCAAUCCAAACAGCUACUCAACAUUCCAACAGAGGUACUUAAUCAACGACACUUUCUGGGGUGGCCCCAAAGGAAAUUUCCCGAUAUUUGUCUACACAGGAAAUGAGGGAGAAAUCGAAUGGUUCGCACAAAACACCGGCUUCAUGUUCGAAAUUGCACCCACUUUCAAAGCAAUGCUAGUUUUCAUCGAGCAUAGGUAUUACGGGGAGUCAAUGCCUUACGGGGGGAGUGAAGAGACAGCGUAUUCGAAUUCCACGACGCUCGGUUACUUGAGCUCGACUCAGGCGCUUGCGGAUUACGCGACCUUGAUUCUCGAUCUUAAGAAGAAUCUGACGGCCGAAAAGUGUCCUGUUGUAGUCUUCGGAGGUUCUUAUGGCGGAAUGCUGGCUGCAUGGUUCAGAUUGAAGUAUCCUCACGUGGCUAUAGGGGCUUUAGCAUCCUCAGCUCCUAUUCUAAAUUUCGACAACGUUACUUCGCCGUAUAGUUACAGCGAUAUCAUCACCAAAGAUUUUCGGAGUGAGAGUGAGAAUUGUUACCAAGUGAUAAAAAGAUCGUGGCACGAAAUCAAAGAAACCGCAGCGAAACCCAGAGGACUAGAAAUUCUCAGAGAGUCAUUCAGAAUAUGCAAGAAUUAUAUAAGUGCAGAGUCUCUAGAAGAUUGGCUAAGUACAGCUUUCAUUUAUACAGCCAUGACAGAUUAUCCAACUUCUAGCAAUUUCAUCACUCCCUUGCCUGCAUAUCCAGUCAAGCAGAUGUGCAAAGCAAUCGAUGAUGUAAAGACCGGGAACACAUUCGAGAAAUUAUAUCAUGCGGCUAACAUCUUCUACAACUACACUGGUCAAGCCACGUGUUUUGAACUGUCCAAUGAUUCAGGUCCAUCCGAGAUCGAUGGAUGGUCAUGGCAGGGUGCUAAAAAAUAUAUCAGAAAGUAUAGUUGCACUUGUUGCGGAAAAAGGUAAGCGACAUAAAUUGUAUUUAUUUUGAUCUUACGGUUAAUAAUAGGACUAGGGGUACUAACAUCCGUGUAUUACACAACUAAAUUUAUAAAAAUAUACAUAAUGUAAAUUUUUAUUUGACAUUUUAAAUAUAUCAUUCUUAAAAACUUAUAUUAUUAUUUAUAUUUGAAAUGACACUCAUCAAUUGAUACUAUUAUAAUGUUUUUUCCAAGCAUAUUAUAUAAUGAUUUAAUAGAUAAAUAUUUUAGUUAUUAUUAAUUAAUAUUGAUAUAUAAUUUAAUUUUAUUAUAAAGAUAAAUAUUUAUUUAUUUAUUUAUUUGUCCAUUGCAAAUGGAGCUGGAAGAGUCAUUGUUGACAAUUCUUCUGACA